GAACGCCCGCGCUGCGGACGCACAGCCGCCAAAAAAAAGGGCUCUCAUAAAGAGCACCAGAGACGCGAACGCACGCGGCCCGCGCAAAAACCCCAAACGGAGCCCGACGCGACUGGCCGGUCGCACGCAAGCCCAACAAUGAACGACGACGACGACCGCGACGAGGACGAGGAGGAGGAGGAGGAGGAGAGCGAGGAAGAGGAGGAAGAAGAAGAGGACGACGAGGCCGAGGCGGAGCGGCGCUUCGAGGAAGAGCUGCGGCGGGAGAUGGAGGCGGCGGCGGCAAGAAGGCGCCAGGAACAGGGCCCGCGCGGCUGGAUCACGAAGGUCGCUCGACUAUUAACGAAGCCGCGGCUGGGUGCUGUGGGUAGAAGUGCAGCGAGGGCCUUCGCACAGGACUACAGGAAGCUGUGCGAGCGGCUGGAGUGCCCCCCGGUGGCGUUCUACGCCGACUCCUACCGCCAGGCGGCGUCGUCGGCGGCGUCGCAGUCGAAACUGUUGCUGAUCUACCUCCACUCGCCCUUACAUCAAGAUUCGGAAGACUUCUGCCGAGGCCUAACGUCCGCCCAGUUCCAGGGUUUUUGUAGACAGCGCUUCGUGUUGUGGGGCGCUUCCGUAAAUUCGGCCGACGGCCACGCUUUAUCGGAUUCACUGGGCGCGACGCGGUUCCCGUUUUUAGCGAUCGUGAUCUGCGACGAGGCUGGUGAAAAAGUGGUCGCGAGUAUUCACGGCGCGCCCUCGGAUGGUGACGCGCUCGUGGCGACGCUCGACGGGGCGCUGACUCAACAAAGAGGUGUGUUACAGGCGUUGCGACGCAAGCAGCGCGCGCGGCAAGAAGCGAGACGGUUGCGGACGGAGCAGGACCGGGACUACCAGGAGGGGCUGGAACGCGACCGGUUGAGGGAGGCGCAGCGCCAGGCCGAGCGCGAGGAAGCGGAACGUGUAGCGCGGGCCGAAAGGGAAGCGAGAGAGCAGGCCGAGCUCGAGGCGGCCCAGGCCGAGUCCUUGCGGAGGGCUCGGUUAGGCACGGAGCCGCCUCCCGGUUCUGGUACAGCGCGCGUGCGCGUGCAGUUUCCCGACGGCGCGCGCGUCGACCGGCGCUUCCUGCUGACGGAUCAAGUGGCGUUGUUGCGCGACUUCGUCGACUGCCACCGCCAGGACGCGGGUUUACCUCAGAUGAACUACGGCCUGGCGACGCACUACCCGAUGCGCGAGCUGGACGGCGAGUUGUUAGAAAGGACGGUCGCCGAGGCGCACCUCAACGGGGAGGUCGUCUACGUGCACGACCUCGACGCCUAGUAGGACCUCCUUUGUCCCUGGCGCUGCGUCUGCUCGAUGGCGUGGAGGAGGCGGUGCACACCGCUUCUACGCCAUCGACGCGACACCUUGAAUAUAAGUCUAUU